AUGUUCUCCUGCGCCAACUAUCCCCGUGGUUGCCGAGGUCGGGCCAACCGCGACGGUGAAAAGUGCUCUGACUGCAAGCAACUAAACCUCCGACGUCCAUCAUCUGCUUCACCGUUUGCACAGCCUCGCGACUACAAGCGGGUGCUGCCCUCGGAGAUGCUGCGUGACUCCGCCUUCAAGGUGUCAGACCUCGAGCUGUAA